CUACAUCUUAUUCUUCUUUAUUACUAAACACUACUCCUAGGCUCGUCGUGCUCUAUAGCCUAUUUACAGUCGAACAGCAUACAAGAUGUCGGCCACUCAGCAGCCCCGAUCUCUCCUACCCGGUAAGCCAUUCUCUCUUUCACUACUCACAUUCAUCACCUACCUUUCGAUAAGUUUGGAGAAUGCCAUGACUCACCAUGGUUCUGAUAACCUUCUAUUCGGACUGAUUUCUUACAAACCUUGUCUCCAUUGCUGUCUACCUUGGAUAUAAUAAUGCUAAUCAUCUAUUAGAAUUUACCUUGGAUCUUAUCCCCAGCCGCAAUGCAAACCGAACGAACCCCUUCUACCGCUUACCCAAGGAGGUCGUAUGCAUGGUCUUCGCCAACAUGGCCACUUGGAAAGAUUUCAAGGCAGCAGCGGCCACGUGCAGACAAGCAAGAGCGAUAAGCCGACAGAACGAGCAGUUUAUCGCGUGCACGUGGAUCGACAAUAUGCUGCCCCCUUCCGUCCGAAAGCUCGGAAUCAUGGCCGUCGCCUCCCGCAUGUUCGACGAAGAUGAUGUGGAGGAGUUCAUCGAGAAAUACAUCUCACAUGAGGGCGACUAUCCAUACACGUACAAAAGUAUGGAAGUGGCUUCUGCUUUACCGGAUCUCAUCGAGGCGGCGGAGACGGUCAUGAUGACAAAACUUGAAAGAAAUCCUUAUCCAUUUCGCUAUCCCAGUGGUGACUCGACGCCAGCGGAAUAUGCGCGAGAGCUGCGAGCAUGCUUCAUGAUAGAAACGGCAAGAAAUCUUUUCAACGGCUCUGAAGAGGAUUCAGAUGAGGAGACGUUCGGGGAGAAGAAGCGCGCAUACUGGACGGCUUUCUCUAAAGUCGAAGUGCAAGCGGCAAGAGUCAUGUUUGACAGUUAUGAGCAAUGCCUAUUCAAAGGUGUGUCACAACAUAUAGCCCCAUGAGGUAGCGUGUACUAAUCGGAACUGGCAGCUCUCGGAUACAACGGGCCCAACUGUUGUGUUAGGGGCAGGGAUAUCGAGAGGGAGCAUUUUUCCAAUGCAGAAACUCGUUCCCUCGCCCGAGUGUUUUCAAUAGAAGCUGGAUUGAUCCAGUUAUGCAAGUGGUCUAGCAGAACAACCAACCUACAUUCCUCAUUCCACAGCUUCCAGUCCAGAAGAGGUGGACAGCAUGAGGGAUAUCAGCAUUUUGACGAGUUUCUAGAAAACGAGGACACGGUCUUCGCCCAAUCCCCAUUCCAGCCGGACCCGAAAGCGAUCAAUCUAACCACUCGUAAAGAAUUCUUUGAGUCAAAUGACCUUGAAGAGUUUUACUUCUGCGAAUCCGAUCUGCAAAAGGUCCUCUCUUGCCAAAUGUUCUGGAGCCAGGACACCUUCACGGCCUGGAGACGGCAUUUAGAAGA